GAGGUGGAGGUGCUAGGUGUUAGGGCUUCUCCGACGCUCCUGAGCCCUCCUCCACCCAGCCCCCUCCCUGGGACCCUCUACCAGGCCAGCCUUCGCCGAGGGAACUGUUUCAACUGGAAACUAGCCCUGUUCACCGGGCCUGGGAUCUGGCCACCUGAACCUUUCCUAUUGGGACGGCUCUUAUUCCUACUUGCAAAGGGGACGAAGGGCACCCGCAACCUUUUGCAGGGAGGCUGCGGUGACAGGGGUGGGAGUGUCUCGACAUAGAGACAUGAAGGGUCACAGGUGGGUUGGCCAGGUGAGGGCCGAUGGCAGGUGGGGCUAGCAGGUGAGGAGUGCCCAGCUUUGGCGGGACCAUCCACGGGAGGGCUCCCAGAUGUUGUGCUGGAGGCCACAUUGUUCAAUAUGGUGCUGAGGAAGAUUCACCGGCCCCGGAGUUGUUCUUACCAGCUGCAGCUAGAGCACAGGACACCCCCCAGCCGGAUUCAGGGUCUGAGAUGGACGCCACUUACCAAUAGUAAAGAGACACUGGACUUUCAUGUGAGCCUGGAACAGGCUACUUCACAGCAAGUGCUCAGGGCUGGGAAGCUGCUACAUAGGCAUCUUCUGGCUACCUGCCCUACUCUCAUACGAGAUCGGAAAUAUCAUCUCAGAUUGUACCGGCAAUGCUGCUCUGGGCGAGAGCUGGUUGAUGGAGUCUUGGCCUUGGGGCUUGGAGUUCAAUCCCGAAGUCAAGCUUUGGGCAUCUGCCAAGUUCUUCUGAAUGAGGGAGCCCUUUGCCAUGUGAAACAUGAGUGGGCCUUCCAUGACCGAGAUGCUCAUUUCUAUCGAUUCCCUGGGCCAGAGCCAGACCUGGACAACACUAAAGAAAUGGAGGAGCUGGCUGAGGCUGUGACCCUGCUGUCUCAGCGAGGACCUGAUGCUCUGCUCACUGUGGCGCUGCGUAAGCCCCCCGGGCAGCGCACGGAGGAGGAGCUAGACCUAAUCUUUGAGGAGCUGCUCCACAUCAAGGCCGUGGCCCAUCUGUCUAACUCGGUGAAGAGGGAGUUGGCUGCUGUGUUGUUGUUUGAGCCAAGCAGCAAAGCAGGCACUGUGUUAUUCAGCCAAGGAGAUAAGGGGACCUCUUGGUACAUUAUCUGGAAGGGAUCUGUUAAUGUGGUGACCCAUGGCAAGGGCCUGGUGACAACCCUGCAUGAAGGAGAUGACUUUGGACAGCUAGCUUUGGUGAAUGACUCACCUCGAGCAGCCACCAUCAUUCUUCGUGAAGACAACUGUCACUUUUUGAGGGUGGACAAACAGGACUUCAACCGUAUCAUCAAGGAUGUGGAGGCAAAUACAAUGCGUUUGGAAGAACAUGGAAAAGUGGUGCUGGUGCUGGAGAGGACCGCUCAGAGCAGUGGCCCUGACUGUCCCCUGAACCCAGGCAGGAACCGGUACACGGUGAUGUCAGGCACUCCAGAAAAGAUCUUAGAACUGCUGCUGGAGGCUGUGCGGCCGGACUCAAGUGCCCAUGAUCCCACAGAGACAUUCCUGGGUGACUUUCUCCUGACCCACAGUGUCUUCAUGCCUAGUGCCCUUCUCUGUGCUGCCCUCCUGCAUCACUUCCAUGGGGAACCAGCUGGAGGUACUGAGCAGGAACGUGGCAUCUAUAUUUGUAACAAGCGGCAGAAGAUUCUAAGGCUGGUCAGCCAAUGGGUAACCCUGUAUGGCCCCAUGCUCCAUAUAGACCCGGUAGCCCCCAGCUUCCUACAGAAACUCUCAGAACUGGUAAGCAGGGAUACUCAACUCAGCAACCUACUAAAGGAGCAGGGACCCGAGAGGCGGCGGCAUCAUGGGUUGGAAAAUGGCGGUGGAAAUAUGUCACCACAAUUAAAGGAUCGAGCAAUUCCCAUCUGGUUCCCCAAGUAUGAUGAACCCCUCCUCAGCAAUAGAUAUGCUAUCCAAGCUCUAGAUAAAGUUCCCUAUGACAUCUACCGGCCUGACCACUCAGUCCUGACGCUGCAUCUACCAGUGACAGCCUCAGUGAGAGAAGUGAUGGCCACACUGGCCCAGGAGGAUGGCUGGAUACAAGGCCAGGUGCUGGUAAAGGUCACCUCUUCGGGGGACACCAUUGGUCUACAACCAGAUGCCCGUGGUGUGGCAACAUCCCUGGGACUCAAUGAACGGCUCUUCAUUGUUAACCCACAGGAAAUGCAUAAGCUGACUCCACACCCAGAUCAGCUUGGGCCCAGUGUAGGCUCAUCUGAGAUGUUGGACUUAGUGAGUGCCAAGGACCUGGCCAGCCAGCUGACUGACCAUGACUGGAACCUCUUCAACAGCAUCCACCAGGUGGAGUUGAUCCACUAUGUGCUGGGACCACAGCAACUCCAAAAUGCCACCACGGCCAACCUGGAGCGCUUCAUGCGGCGUUUCAAUGAACUACAAUACUGGGUGGCCACAGAGCUGUGCUUGUGUCCUAUACCUGGCCUUCGGGCUCAGCUGCUCCGAAAGUUCAUCAAGCUGGCUUCUCACCUCAAAGAGCAGAAAAACCUCAACUCUUUCUUCGCCAUCAUGUUUGGCCUCAGCAAUUCUGCCAUCAGCCGUCUUGCUCUCACCUGGGAGCGGCUACCCCACAAAGUUCGGAAACUAUAUUCUGCUCUCGAACAACUUCUGGACCCAUCCUGGAAUCAUCGUGUGUACCGAUUGGCGCUCACCAAGCUGUCCCCCCCCAUCAUCCCUUUUAUGCCCCUCCUCCUCAAAGACAUGACGUUCAUCCACGAGGGGAACCAUACACUGGUAGACAGUCUCGUCAACUUUGAGAAGAUGGUGUUAAAUGUUACGGAGGAGAGACUUACUUUGACUCAGCUUAGGAUGAGUCCAUAUGUGCCUCUCUCACCUCUCCGGAGCCGAGUCUCCCACAUUCAUGAGGAUAGCCAGACCAUGAGGAUCUCUACUUGUUCAGAGCAAUCCUUGAGUGCCCGGAAUCUGGCCAGUAUCCGGGCAUAUAUCCAGCAGCUGAAGGUCAUUGACAACCAGCAAGAACUUUCUCGGCUCUCCAGAGAACUGGAGCCUUGAUGAGGCUGAUGUGUCUUCCCUAAAACCAAAGAGGCAUAGCUGAGGAAAGUUGGAAGGGAUCCUUGGACCAAUAUAUCCAAGAGCUGGAUGGAUUCUUCACUGAGAGUAUGGACCUGAAGAGCUAGAGCAGGUGGCAUGGAUCCAGCUGACCACCCAGUGAUGACUGGCAACCAAGGAGAAAACUGAGUCAAGACUUUGAGCUCUGGAGUGAAUGAUGGUGGGAAGGCCUGGAAGAGUAGUGGGAAGGGAACUUGAGCAGCAAACCCAUGUUCAAGGGAGACCUCUAUACACCAGGUUUUUCUGAGUCCUUUGUUGUUGAUCUUAUCAGCUGACCAACUGACCAAGAUUGGGAAGCUUAUCACAGGAAGGUUUCCUGUAAUUUGCUCCAGCAGUGGGAGUGAGAUGGGGAAGAGGAGGGAGAAAAGGAAAGAAUGGUAGAGGGGACUCCUGGAAUUAGGAAGCUUUCUUGGAGGAACAGAAGUUCUGCUUCUGGUAUCCACUAACUUUCAUACAAGUGCUGUAUAGAAGAGAGGGAAUCCCUGGGACUCCAGGGGCCCAGGGAAUGAGCAAACAGUUGUAUCCCUGCCAUGUCUAAGGCACUGAGCUGUGAGUGCUGCAAAGAAGUCGGACAGUUUCUGACUUCAGAAAGCUUAUGGUACCAUUGGAGAGAAAAGACAUCUAUGAGAUGUAAGGCUGGUCUUCAUGUGUAGGAUUCCUGUUUCUGAGAAGAUUCCUGCUUAUACAAAUAGGGAAAGGACAGGGGUGUGUGAUGCAAAAUGGAUACAACUCACAGCAUGAGCAUAAUUCUCUGUACAUCAUAGAUGAGUAAUGCUUGGUUGAAUGAGCCCCACAGCCUUGGUACCCUUGAGGCUGAGUCAGAAGAGAUGGAUUAAUUAUGGAUCUCUAGAGGGCUUUUGACCUUUGUUCUACUUUAUAAGAACAACUCCUUUGACUUUCUUAACUAUUGCAUGGGAUGGUUAGGACAGUGACUACCCCAGUGCACAAAACUCAGCCCAACCCCUUCCUCUGUCCCCUGUAGGUCUUUAGGUCCCUAUUCUCUUUCUUGGACUGUUUUGGUUAAUAGGUGUGCCUGGCAUAGAGCAUCAGCUAUAGAUUUGCCCUUCUAAGGGUGCCCAAUGCCUAUGAGCUGGGUCAAGUGCUACUCAGCAGCUUUUAAGGGUGUGACCUAGGGCUGUAGCAGGAUAAGCAGAAACAUUAGGGAGUGGCUCCCAUAUAGUUCCUCAAUGACACUGGGCCAGAGAAGCUGAGGCAAAAAAGGGGAAAACUGUCUUGUGAACUCUGAAAUCUAGCAAAAAAGAGGGUGGUAAAGGCCUAAAAGAGGAACUAGAGGUGAUAAAUCAAGAUUCAUCAUCGAUGAUCAGACUCUUCCCAAUAAGCCCUGAUUGCCAACACUGAGCUGGCACUGAAGAGAUUUCUUCAUCCUUUUCCCUCUUCCCCUAUGACUAUUUGCCACUCCAAAGUACAAUUUGCUUCCCAGAGAGCCAUUGUGCUUGGGUAGGAUGAUGCCCUUGGUUGCUGAAUUGGAGUAUUGGAGAAAGAAUACAGGGUGGAGUCCUGCAGAGUGCUUGGGCACUGGGCUAAUGGGCAUUUUCCAGCACUGAGAGGGUGGCAGCAGUACCAGGGCUUAAUAGCCCUGAAGACAAGGACCUGUAAAGAUGAGAAAUGAUUGGUAAGGAAUGCCAAUGCUUGAAAGAGACAGCUUUGCUGCUUUUACCCUGUGUACUACCCUUAUACGGUGAAUACCCCCAGAGGUCUUUGACCUUUAUCCCUGUGUCCUCCAGACAUAUCCUUUAAAUGCUUGCCUUGUUUCAAUGGCACAUACGACAAAAAUGGGCCCACGUGGGGAAAGAGGGAGAUGUAUACCUUGGGUAAAUGCCUGCGUGUGUGUAUUGAAAAGGGGUGGUAGAAGAGGAGGCCACAUAUGUCCAUAUGUAGGUGGUCUUGAGGAAAGUUAAGGGAUUGCCAAUCUGCAUCCCUUUCCUCCCUCCACUCCUCAAAAUGGUGUAGUGGAAAGUACGCUGGAUUUGGAGUGAGAAGACCUCAAUUCUAUUCCCAGUUUUGCCACUUACUCCCAGUGUGACCUUGGACUACUCACAACCUCCCUGAGUCUAUAAAAUGAAGAGUUUGACUAGAAAACUUCUAAAAUACCUUCCAACUAUAAGUCUAUGAUGAUACGCUCCUGUUCCUCAGCCAUGAAGCCUUUAUGAGUGGCCUGUUAAGUAUGAGGCAGUCUGGACUAAUUGUGGGGUGUAACAAGGAGGAGUCAUUGCCUCCCCAGCAGGCUGAGCAGGAUCUGUUAGGAGAAGGCUAGCAAGGGUGGAGAGCUAGAGCUUCCAAGGUAAUAGCAGCAUAUUUCCCUUCAGCUUAACCCUUCCUACACUGUCUCUUCAACCCAUCAUGAAGCCCUCGUUUCCAUAUUUUUCUGGGUCUCUAUAAUGGAAGGUAUGGGGGCGGGGAAGAGACAAGGCACAAUACUUAUGUUCAUGCUUUGUUCUUUGCUCUCUAUAAGUCCUCAACCUUUGGCUGUCUUCUAAUUCUAGGUCCUUUCUGAAGGAGAUGUUAUUUUUAUAAUAUGUAUAUAAAUACAUGUAUAGUAAUAAAUUUAUAUUUACAUAGUA